AUGUCUAGUGCCACUGCCGUCCAAAGUGAAACAACAAAUGUUCCUGCACAAGUGAAACCUUCUUCCACCAAAGGUUACACCGUUAGCUCGCAAGGAGCACACAACAUUUCAAUGGGUAACCCAAAUCCACAUGCUGUCCCACAAUUUGAUGACCCAUACAAGAAAAGAGAAUGGGUCCUGGAACAUAUGGCUGGUGUCUUCAGAGUUUUCGGAAGAUAUGGUUACAACGAAGGUUCUGCAGGUCACAUCUCUGUCAGAGAUCCUGUUGAUCCAAAUACCUUUUGGAUUAACCCAUUAGGUAUUCAUUUCUCCCUACUGAAGGCUUCAGACAUGGUAAGAGUCGAUGAAGACGGUAACCUGGUUGGUGGUAACACCUCUGCUCCAAUCAACGCUGCUGGGUUUGCUAUUCACUCGGCUCUUCACAAGGCUAGACCUGACGUUAAUGCUGCCUGUCAUACCCAUUCAAAGUUCGGUAAGGCCUGGUCUUGCUUUGGUGAACCUCUAGAGAUGUUGAACCAAGACGCUUGUACUUUGUAUGGUGUCCAGUGUGUUUAUGAGGAUUUUGGUGGUGUUGCAAUGGACAGAAGAGAAGGUCAAGACAUUGCCAAGGCAGCCGGCGAAAAGAACAAGUGUAUCAUCUUACAAAACCAUGGUUUAUUAACUGUAGGUCAAACAGUUGAUGAGGCGGGUUAUCUUUUCACAUUGAUGGAGAGAACUGCUGAGUGUCAAUUAUUGGCUGAUGCUGCAUCUGCAUGUGGGAGAAAGAAGAAGGUCAUUGGCGAUUCAGAGGCUGCAUACACUCAAUACAUGGCUGGUGACCCUGAAACUUUGUACAUGGAAUUUCAAAAUGAUCUUGAAUUGGAGAAAAAGUACGAUGAUUCCUUUAUGACUUUCACAAAUGCCCAGAAGCAAAAGUCUUAA